AUGGCGGACGACAUUGUCGACCGCAGCACGCUGAGCAACGGUGACUUUGUGUCACUGUUUGUGCAGAGUGCGGGUGGUGUGGCGAGCGUGGACUUGCUCUCGUCAAAGGAGAUCUCCGUCUUCCAACCCACCAAACUACAGCAAGAGCACCAGAAAGCAACACAGCAGCAAGGCGACAGCACCAAUGCAACCUACUCCUCCUCCUCCACCGCUGACGCCACCUCUACCAAGGCAGACACGGCACCCACCACCAUCCCAAACUUUGAGCAGGCAUGCAUCUUCCAGAUCAAGGCGGUGACGGACCUGCCGGAGGGCGCCAGCCUCAAGUACGGCGACGUCGUGCGCAUCAUCCACCGCAGCACCCAGCGCAGCAUCACGCGCCAGACCCGCGCCGUUGGCGGCGUGUACUCCGUGGCUCUCGAUGCCACCAGCGCCGGCGCCAGCCACUUUCGCCUCCUGCCGCGCUUCAAGAUCAGGGCCAUCGGCGACCCGGUCCUCCUCAACGACCAGGUCGUCUUCCAGAACGAGCUCAUCCUCGACGGAAACCGCACCUUCCUCACCUCCUCCUCAAGCCUCGACCAGUCCAAGGUCCUCCUCGCCUGCGGGCCGUCCGAGACAUCCGGCAUACGCAUCCGCCUCUUCGCCCCCUACAACGUCUCUGGGGAGGCCUUCAUCCACGUGCUCAAGGGCGGCGACUUUGUGCGCCUGUACCACCACGAGGCCAACGGGUUCCUCGUCGUUGCGCGGCAGAUUGGCGACGGCGACGAGGAUGACUUCCUUGGCCACGACAACACCGUCUGUCUCCGCGCCAUCGGGGCAGGCAACCAACCGGGCGACUACCACGACGCAAGCUCCAUCUGGCAGGUGGAGCUCGAGGACACCCAGCGCCGCGGCGGCAGGCCCGUGCUGUGGACCGACCACGUGCGGCUCAAGAACGUCCUCACAGACCAGUACCUCGACGCAAGCGCCAUCACCUCCACUGGUGUCAUGGCACCGGCUCAGACACGGCAGACAUCAGGCCUCUUCUCCCUGCUUGAGUCUACACACGCGGCGGAGCAGGAGAGCGAGGACAGCGCCACCGCCGCCGCCGUCGCCAUCAUGUCGCGCCAAGAGGACCUCCGCAUCCCAUACAGCGCCUUCUUCUACGUACGCGGGUCCGGCCAGUACCUGCACGUGAACACGGACGAGGCAGCCGUGGACGAGAACCAGCAGGGCGACGACACAACCUUUGUGCGCUCCGUGCUCGUGCAGCAGCGCCGGGAUGAGGACGCAUUCUCCCUGCACAGCGUCCACCAGCAGGACAUCCGCGACUUCUACUUUGCGCUCGGCCACGCCAAGAUCCUGGCCCAGCUGGCAGAGGAGCGGGUGCUCUCGGACGUGUGCAGCCCACGGCACGGCGAGCUCUUCAAGCGCGCGCGAAACAGCAUCCAGGCGCUCAUCCAGUUCUGCUCCGAGGACAAGAUUGAGGACGGGCAGGACGAGGUGGGCCGUACCAACACCCUGCACCAAAACAUCCUCUUUGACCUGCAGGUGCACACGCCCCUCAUGACCGUGGUCAGCGUGCCGUUCCAGGGCGCACACUGCGCGGACUGGGGCAAGGGCUGGCGCACGCGCCUGGCGCAGCCAAAGUGCCGCCGCUUCAACAAGCUGUGCCGCGACAUCUACCGCCUCAUCAGCUACCUGUGCCACGGCAACGUGCACGUGGGCCUGGUCAUGGCGGACGCCUACCUCACCGACAUGGUCAACCAGUGCCGGCUCAUCAGCUGCAUCGACAACAUCCACUGGCACAUUGCUGACACCCUGGACAACAUUGUGCGCAACAACCACAUCCUGCUCAACCGCGUCACGAAGCGGUCCGUCAACCUCUACAUCUCCCUCAUCCACGAAGCACACACCAUGAGCGACCUCGAGCAGUACCUCGGCCUCCUCGCCUCCCUCUGCUCCGUCGACGGCUCGGCCAUCCCCUCCAUCCAGAACAUCAUCCGUGAGCUCACCCUUGCCCCAGACGCGCCCGCAGCGGACAUCCUGCCCGUCACCACCAUCGACAGCGAUGGAAACAUGACCAUCUCCACGCGCGUGCCCACGCGAGGCAAGCCCUUCCACCAGUGGCGCGUCGUCACCAUGCCGCUGCAGGAGUACCUCAAGGACCAGGACCACCUCGAGUACUUUGACUCCAUGCUCCAGCUCUACGCCCAGCUGUGCCUGGAGGGCAACUGCCAGGACGAGCUGCGUGACGCGCGGCGGGCGCCCUACCCCAUGAUCAUGGGUGUGCUGCAGUCCAGCCUGCCAGCACACAUCAAGGCGCGCUUCUGCACGCUCCUUGUCAACCUGUACAUUGACGGCGACGACCUGCCCGAGGUGGACCACUCCAACCGGCGCUGGAACGACCUGGCCAACCACAAGUCGCACGCCAAGCUCAGGGCCGUUGCAGAUCGUCUCUUCCGCGUGGACGAGGUGGUCAACUGGGUGGAGGCCUACCUCUCGCAGAAGGGUCUGCUCUCGUACACGACAGGCUACUACUCCGGUGCAGACAGCAAGCGCCCCGAGAUUGCCGAGCUCAAGCAGGCAGAGGUGCAAGCCAACAUGCUCACGGAACAGGUGCUGCGACUGUGCCUGGCCAUGGUGAACAGGGGGCUGUACAACGACGUCGAGGCAAGGCAGCAGCUGACGCGCAGGCUGGUGGUGCUGCUGAUGCGCUCGCACCCGAGUGACACGGACGACCUCACGCCCACCGCGGCCCUUGACGUCGUCGUGCGCGCAAAGACGGUGCUCUGCCGCAUUCUCGAUGCGUGCGUUGACGUGCACCUGGACGACAUUGUCACCCAACUCCUGCACGCCUACAAGAAGGAGUGCGAGCAGAACAAGCGCAAGGGGCGCAAGCGCCGCCAGCAACAACAAGAGCAGCAACAGCAGCAGCAGCAGCAGCAGGGAGAUGAAGGUGGAGCAGACCUGCAACAGCAGCAGAGCACUCGCUCCCUGCUUGACAUUGACAUCAUCAAGCAGACGGGCGACAACCACCACUUCCUCGAGUACCAGGGCUUCACCCGCAAGCAGGCCGCGCACCUGCUACUGGCCCUGACCGUGUACCCGAGCGACGGCCUGCGCGUUGCGGCGCUCAACCUCCUCCUCCGCAACUUCAACAUCAAGGGGUGCCUGCUGGCGCGCCUCUCAAAUGUGGUGGUCAUCUCCGACAGCAGAGACGAGGCCACGCUGGAGCAUUUGGAGGAGCUCAUGCUCAUCCUCAAGCAGCAGGACAACGACGACCUGCCCACUGUCGCCAGAAACCUGACCAAGGACAUCCAAUGGAUGUGCGCAGAGUGUGUCACCGUCAACGACAAGCCAGCCUCAGACUUCCUCAACAACCCCGCAGCAAUAACAGCAGCAACAGCAGCAACAACAACAGCAGCAGCAGCAGCAGCAGCACCAGGAGCAACAACAACAACAACAGCAGCACGAGCAGCAGCACCAGGAGCAACACGCGGUGGUGGCCGGCGUGGAGCGCUGCCCUGGAACCAGCCAGAUGUGGUGGUGGAGCCACAGCAUGGGCGGCAGGAGAUGAUGCGUAACGCCAGCGCAUACAAGGCCGUGCUGAACCUGGUGCAGCAGCGGCUGUCGGGUGCCACCUUCAAGAAGGCCCUGGAGAGCGAGCGCGUGCAGGAGUUCUUUGGCUCGUGCUUUGAGUUCCUUGCCUUCUUCUGCUGGGACAACAGAAACAACCAGGAGCUGCUGAGCCACCCGCGCAACAUCGCCUUCUUCGUCGAGGCGUGCACAUACGGCAUCCACGCCGAGCGCGUGCUGCACCGCAUCUUCGAUGGGCAGCCCGAGCUGAUUGAGGAGCACGUCGUUGGCGAGGGCAACGUCGACCCGCUGCUCACCUGCUUCAUGCAGGAGCCCCGCUGCCGCACCGUGGCCUUUGUGCAGCUGCUGGAGACGCUGGUUGCGCCCGCGGGCACGCCGUCGCGCGACAUGCAGGAGGCCAUUGGCGAGAAGCUGCUGGGCGCCGAGGAGGACAAGGCAUACCUCUACCCGGCACAUACUGCCGGGGUGCACUUUGUUGCGUAUUUGGUCGCCACGUACACCAAGGCUGGCCAGGACCUGCACGGCUCGAUCCCAACGCUCAACACCAUUGGCUCUGUGCUCUCUCGCAAGGAAGAGCGGCUGUGCGCGUACUUUGAGCAGCUGUUGUCGCUGCUGGCCACCCUCGCCCGCGCCAACUCGAAGAUUGGCACGCUCGUGUCCAAGCUUGUGCCCCUGCCAGUGCUGGUGCAGCCGUUUGUGAAUGGGGCGGCGCUGCCCGUCACGCUCAAGGCCCGCCUGCUCACCCUGAUGCGUGACGUGUACCUGACUGAGGAGUCUCUGGAGGCCGAGCUGGAGCCCAGCGAUGAGGUGGGCGCAGAAAGUGCCCAUGGCAGUGGUGACGGCGGGAACGACAACGUCGACACGUGGGAGAUGCUGUGCAUACCGCUGGCAACUGAGCUUCAAUCGCUCGCCUCCGUGCAUUGCAGCAUCACCAAGCUGGACAAGUACCUGUUUGAGUCGCUGCUGCCCACCGCACUCAACGUGUGCCGCGCCCUCUCGCGCCACGUCCUCAACGACCCGUCCAUGCAGGCGCUCGCCGGGCCCUGUUCACGCCUGCUCACCGCCAUGCUCGACGCCCUGCGGCAGCGGCGCAACGUGGUGGAGGCAGACAUGUCGUGUGCUGUUGUUCAAGGCCACCGCAUGCUUGCCGUGCAUGUGCUCGAUCAAACACUAGAACUGGCCGUGCUUGAGGCGGAUGCGGACAUCCCCGCAUGCAUUAUCACAGAGCAGCGCUUCUUCUCUCAGCCAAACACAUACGGUUUGUCCAGCAGCGGGCCAGGGCAAACGCGCGCUGCGUGGAAGGCAAACGCAGAGACAGCGCGCCUCGACCGUUUCCGUGGGCGCGUGCGUCGUCUGCUGGCCAAGUCAAGCAAGCGGCCCACCCUGCCCUGGAUGCGGUUCAUGCAAGUUGAGCUCAGCUUCGGCGGCAUGUGGGGCCUGAUUGAUGUUGUAAGGUCAGGCCUGCUGGGCGAAAUCGAAGAGGACCAGGAAGAGUUGGAGGCACUGGAAGAAAAGCUGCGCGACGAGCGUGGCGAGAUGCCAACACAGGGUCUGUUGGACGCCCUGAGGGCUGAGGAACGGCAAUCGCGCCGGCAACAGGGCAACGUUUCCAGCCGAUCGCUCGCUGCUGGGUUCUUGGACACGCUUGCCCGCCCCACCGUGAAGGACGUGACCGUGGAUGUACAGCAGUGCCUGUCACGCAUUAUCGCGUUUGGUGAUGACCCAAACACGAUUGACGCGCCCGAGGAUAGCCAGGAGCACGGUAGUGCUGGUGGCGGUGGCGGUGACGGGUUCCAAAAUGUGGAUGAGGAAGAGGUGGAGGAUGUGAUGCUUGGCUUCUUGGGCAUGCUGUGCAGCCUGCUGACGUCGCCCAAGAAGACGGCGGCCAGCAACGAGGAGGCCACCUCCAUUGCAUCGUGCCUGCUGAGCAUGGGCGCAGCAGACAUGGUGCUGCACCUGCUUGACUCCGACGACCGCCGCCUGGUGCUGAUGGCGUGCCAGCUCGGCUGGCAGCUGCUCAAGGCAACCCCGCGCGUGUUUGAAGUGAACGACGAGCCCGACGCUGCUGCCGACCGCCAGGGCCCCAGCGGCGUGAGCGGGAACCGCAGCCUCUGUGCGCAGGAGGUGUUCUAUCGCGCGCUUGAGUCUGGUCCAAAGGCGGCCAGGGGCAUGGCAGCGCUGCACCGGCACCUGCAGGGCAUGGUGACGGAUUUGGCGGAGCGCGAGCGUGAGGGCCCGCUGCAGCGGCUAAAGCGAAACCAGGACUCCGAGGACCUGGACAUGGCGAUUGGCACGCGCGUGCUCGGCUUCAUCGAGGCCACGUGCGACGGCUGCUACCGUGACAUGCAGAACCUGCUGCGGUCUGCGGAGGGCCAGGGCACGGCCGUUGUCUCCGAGGUUGGUCGCCUGGUGCAGGGCAUGGACCACAUUGUUCGCGCCAAGAGCAGCGCGCCCAUUGGAAGCUCGUGCGAGGAGGGCAAGCCCGACGCUGUGCUGCACCUGCACAAUGACCUGAGGCGCGAAGCAAACGACAUCACGUUCAUGCAGCAGCUGUUUGGGGCACUCGGCGCGCUGGCCAGUGGACCAAACAGGGACAACCAGACAUUGAUUCUGCAGCACAAGGCGACCAAGUCCGUGCUGCUGUUCCUGCAGUAUCUCAACGACCCGGACGCCCAGCACGCGCCGCGCCGGUCUGUGCCGUCACACGCAGAGUCGCACUCGGGCCUGAAGCGCAGCAGCACGAUUCAUCGCAAUGAGAAUGUGAACCUCUUCACGCUCAACGCGCAGUGCGACGAAGCGCUGGAGACGCUGGACUCGUGGUGCGACCACUUUGGCAUUGAUCGGAAUGCCUUGUUUGAUGACUCCGAGCAGAAACGAGGCAUGUUUGGCUUGGGCGGUGGCCCGCAAACGCAGCGCAAGCGCAGCAGCAAGCUUUCCACGCUGAUUCGCGGCCCCAGCGUGAUGGCGGAGAACGAGGGCGUGGAGGAGCUUGAACUGGAAGACGCACACGACGACAGCCUGCUCGAUGAUGAGGGUGAUAGCGACGUCGACAAUGCUGGCGGUGGAGAAGAGGGCGGGGAGGAGGACGAGGAGGUAGACUAUGACUACGGUGAUGGCGCGGAUGGCAACAACACCAGUGCCGACGGAAACAGCGCGGCCGCCGAGGAAAAGAAGCCUAAGCGGCAGGGCAGCUUUGCUGCUGGUCUUGGCUUUGGCGCUGCGUUUGCCAGUGGCAUCCGCGCUGUUUCAGGCGCAGGACGCGACAAUAAUGGCGACGAUGAGGAUGACAUCGCACAGGCGCGUGCUUUGCUGACAAGCGAGCACCUGAUGGCUGCACGCGGGGCGCGGCAGCUGGCCGAGGCGCUCGACGUGUUGGACGAGCAGUGCGAGGCGGCCGUGCUGCAGUUUCUCUUGAGCGUGCUUGAAGGGCGGCUGAAGAAGGACUCUGUGCUGGACGUGCUGUGUGUGCAGCUGUUCCCGGAGAACGCGGGAGCGCAGGGCACCGAUUUCAAGCAGUGUGCCAUGUUCCGGAUGCUGAACGAGCACUACGUGAGCGCACGCCAGCAGCGCCGCAAGAACAAGAAUGAGCGAAACCAAGCGUUUGAGGCCGUGUCGCUCGUACCAAAACAGGCGCAAUUCCACGAUGAAGAUGUGGCGCUGCUGUACUACAUGAUGAUGCGCAUGCUGAGCGAGCUGGCAGAUGCACAGGGCUCGCGAGUGGCGCGGUUGCUCAUGGCGUGGGAGGACAAGGCGGCGCCCUCAAUCCGGCAGCGCGUGGCGCGGGUGGAGCUGGUGCACAACGGCAGCUUGCAGCCCGUGUACAUGCAGGUCCCGGACGUUGUUCGCCAGACCAAGGACCGUUUGCAGGUGCGGCAGCUGCGGAGUGCCAUGAUCAACAACAGCGUGCUGCUGACGCCCGAACAGCGGCUGCACACCUUCUUUGACGAGGCGCCACUGCUGAUUCGAGUCAUGGAGUUUGAGAACAAGGCCGGCAGCUACUGGCUGUCUCGCAUUGUGUCGCACCAGCGCGUGUUGCUGCUGUGCUGCUUCCUCCUCGCCUUGUUCAUCAACGGCUGGGUUGUGUUUGGACCGCCACCCAAGCGUCCAGAAGACCAGGCCAUACCACGCACCGCCGCCACCGUGCACACCGCGCUGGCUGCGCUCAUUAUUGCUGGGCAGUCGCUGGCGCCGCUGCGCGUGGACAUACAGCGGUGGCACGAGGCAAGCGAGGGCUUGUCGCUGACGAGGAAGAUUCUGCUUUUCCCCAUCCACUGGGUGUUCCACGCAAGCUACACCUACUAUGUGCUGUACCUGAUUCUGAGCGCUGUGGGGAUUUCACACUUUCAGUUCUUCUGCUUCCAUCUCUUUGAUGUGGUGCUGCGCGUUGAGGUGAUGACGCUUGUGCUGCGAGCGGUUCGCGUCAACCUGUCCAAGCUGAUUGGCACGUUCGUCCUGACCUUCUUCAUCAUCUAUGCCCUCACCCUCAUUGGGCGGGAGGCGUUUGCUGGCAAGUAUGAGUUUCCUGAUUCUGCUGCUGCGUGCAGGAGGGACCAGCCGCUGUCUGAGUGCCUGAAGGACCACCUGUACUACGGCUUCUACUCCUCGCCCGUGUUUGGCUCGGAGGCGUCCACGUGGGAGUUUGUGUAUGCGCUGUUCUACUUCCUGGUGAUUGUGCUGGUGAUGGCUGCGAUUGUUUCCGGUAUCAUCAUUGACUCGUUUGGCGAGUACCGUGCCGAGACGGAGGCCAUCGCUGCGGAGAAGGAGAGCCGGUGCUUCGUGUGCAACUUCAACCGCGACCAGAUCCAGGCAUCGGACGACACGGGUUUUGAGGGCCACGUGAUCAAGGACCACAAUGUCUGGAACUACAUCUGGCUCAUCCUGCGCGUGUUGGAGAAGCGGCGGACGCACAAACCGCUGACGGGCGUGGAGAUUGAGAUUGCGCGCCAGUGGGACACGACCAACACCAUUGGGCCCAUGAUGCCCGUGAACAAGGCGCUCUGCUUUGACACGGACGACGUGCACGUGGAAGCAGAUAGAAGGCGCUUCAGAACAUUCUCGCGCAGCUCUCUGCGCUCAAGACUGGACGCAUGCGGUGAUGAUGAUGAUGAUGAUGAUGAUGAUGAUGAUGAUGAUGAUGAUGAUGAUGCGUAGUGUGGGGUUGUGGGGGUUCUUUGAGUUGGAAUGUCCGUUCUUGUCGUGCUAGGGAGUGUGUCUUUCAUUGAUGGUUUUGCGUUGAUUGUUGUUACAUUGCGGCGCGCCAUCUUGUUGUUGUUACAUUACCCUCUUUCUGUACCAUGUUCUUGCUCACUUGCCCCUUGCCUUGUUGAGUGGAGGCUGACGCUUGUUUGACAAGAUGUGUGCACGUUUAUUAGCUGAUCUUGUUUGAGUGCGCUGUGUUGGUUGCUGCUCCUAGAAUGAACAAACGAAUGCAUGAACGAAUGCAUGAACGAAUGAACAGAUACAAG